CCGUUCACUGCCACUGGGAAAGUUUUCUGAAGUCCCGUUGAUGUCCUCAUUUAUCCCCGUUUUUCUGGAUUAAUGCUGAAUUUCUGGUGGAUUUUAUUCUGAUGGUGGAAUAAGAGGGAAGCAUGGUGGUGAAUUCCGUGCACUGGUUCCGCAAAGGUCUUCGGCUGCAUGAUAAUCCGGCACUGCAAGAGGCCCUUAGCGGAGCGGACACGGUACGCUGUGUUUAUGUCCUGGACCCUUGGUUCGCCGGAGCCGCUAACGUCGGGAUCAACAGAUGGAGGUUUCUGCUGGAGUCUCUGGAGGACUUGGACAACAGUCUGAAGAAGCUCAACUCGAGGCUGUUUGUGGUCAGAGGUCAGCCGACCGAGGUCUUCCCGAGGCUCUUUAAGGAAUGGAACGUGACCCGGCUGACGUUCGAAUACGACCCGGAGCCCUACGGGAAGGAGAGGGACGGCGCCAUCAUCAAGAUGGCCCAGGAGUUUGGAGUGGAGACGGUGGUCAGGAACUCGCACACCCUCUACAACCUGGACAGGAUAAUCGAGAUGAACAACAACAACCCGCCUCUGACCUUUAAGCGCUUUCAGACCAUUGUGAGCCGACUGGAGUUGCCUAGGAGACCUCUGUCUUCCGUCAGCCAGCAACAGAUGAACCAAUGCCUCGGCAAAAUCUCCGACAACCACGACCAGCUGUACAGUAUACCUUCACUGGAGGAGCUAGGUUUCAGGACGGAGGGGUUACCUCCAGCUGUGUGGCGCGGAGGAGAGUCGGAGGCUUUGGACCGACUGAGCAGAUAUCUGGACAAAAACGUGUGGGUGGCCAACACUCGGGUGAAGACUUGCUCUCUGUAUGCCAGCCCCACAGGCCUCAGCCCCUACCUGCGCUUCGGCUGCCUGUCCUGCAGGAUGCUAUACUACAACCUCAGAGAGAUCUACAUGAAGCUCUGUAAGCGGAGCAGUCCUCCUCUGUCCCUCUACGGCCAGCUCCUAUGGAGGGAGUUCUUCUACACCGCCGCCACCAACAACCCAAACUUUGACCGCAUGGAGGGAAACCCCAUCUGCGUGCAGAUCCCAUGGGACCAGAACCCAGAGGCACUGGCCAAGUGGGCCGAGGGACGGACUGGCUUCCCCUGGAUCGACGCCAUCAUGACUCAGCUGAGGCAGGAGGGCUGGAUCCACCACCGGGCGCGGCACGCCGUGGCCUGCUUCCUCACCAGAGGCGACCUGUGGAUCAGCUGGGAGAGCGGGAUGAAGGUGUUUGAGGAGCUGCUGCUGGACGCCGACUGGAGCGUGAACGGCGGCAGCUGGAUGUGGCUGUCCUGCAGCGCCUUCUUCCAGCAGUUCUUUCACUGCUACUGUCCCGUGGGCUUCGGGAGGAGGACCGACCCAUCAGGAGACUACAUCAGGCGUUACAUUCCCAUCCUGAAGGACUUUCCGAACCGCUACAUCUACGAGCCGUGGAACGCCCCGGAGUCUCUGCAGAAGGCGGCGAACUGCGUGGUGGGAGUGGAUUACCCCAAACCGAUGAUAAACCACGCAGAAGGCAGCCGGCUCAACAUCGAGCGCAUGAAGCAAGUUUACCAGCAGCUGUCCCAUUACAGGGGACUCAGCCUACUGGCGUCGGUACCGACGAUCCAGGAGGAAGCAGAGCCGCCGAUGACAGACGAGUCUCAGACCAGCAGUGGACCCGAUUCUCCUCCCAGAGUUCUCGCCGACAUGGAAGCAGCCGUCUGUCUGAUGGCUCCAGAUUCCUCCACUUCGGCGCCGGACCAGGACAACGUGUCGCUCCAUCGGGUGUUCCAGGAUCACUGCACCUCCUCGGGCUGGCCGUCCUCUCCUGCCUCCAGUCCGCCACAAAGCCCCGCACCUCGAUCCAAACCCGGAUCUCCCUCCUCCCCCUGCCCCUCACCGUCCGCCAGUCCGUCCUCGCUGCCCCCGAGAAGGAAAGGCGUCGCCCACAAGGGCCGGCGAAGCCAAAGACGGAGAGAACGUCCGUCCUGCCCGAUGGCGAAGGAAGAGGAUGAGGAGGAGAGGAUGCAGGAGGAGGUGGAUGAAGAGAGGAUGGAGGAGGAGACGGCAGCAGCAGCGCAGCAGUGAUAUUAAGUGGACAGACAAGGUGCGGUUUCUGAGAACAAUCUGUAUAUUUCCUCCAUCCAGUUGGAAACUAAGGAACGCUCCUUUGGAUCUGGAGGCACAUGAUGCAACGAAUGGAAGAGGAGCGGCACAUUAAAACCCCAGUUAACCCAAAUCAAGACAGAAACUGCAGACACAUUCACACACAGACUGCUGUCUGGUCUAAAAACCUUAUUUUAGGCCAUAUAAUGUCCGUAAGAUGAAUUGUGUGUUAUUUUAUACAGCUCCACCUUUUGUUUUCUAAGGAUUUCAUUAGAUCAGAGUGUCUCUCUGAUCAUGGACUUCAUUUAAAGAUGGAAAUCAUUUGAUCCUUCUGACAGCAUCAGGACUGUCUCCUGUGAUCCAGGUUUAUGUUCAUGCUCCCCUUGUAACGGUUUGAUCCAGUCUGAAAAACCAGCAACAAUUUAAAGGGUUUAAAUUUUUGUACAAUGUAAUUCAAAGCAUUCAGGAUGAGCACUGUCCAGGUCUGCAGAGGCUUCGUAUUCAGUCGUGAGUGUGACGUGUUUAACAUCGGGUUCAGGUGUCGUCAGACCCUCUAAAAAAUUUUUAAUUAGUUAAAACAUGAAAGAAAAUCAAACAAAAAUUUCUACUCAUCUGCUGCCACAAAAUGGAGUAACAUAAUUUAAUAUUCUGUAUUUUAAAAGAUCAGAAUUCAACCUUUGUAAUUGUUUCUGAUGAGAAACUUUAGUUAUCAGAGCUUCCAAAAAAUAAUGUACUUUAGAUUUUUUUCUGAAUUAUUCAGAA